UCUGUAAUUACUAAAACAUAAGUGAAGCAGUGGUGGCGGUUUUCAAAACAAAAAACACUGGAACUGAUCAGAAAUAUAUCCAAAAGGCAUGGCUCAAAUAGAUUCAGUUCUAAGGGAAAGCAGGGUCUGCAAUUCAAUUUUAACUGCUUUUAAUUCAGGGUCAAAAGAUCAUAAAUGAAACUGUGUAAAAGUGACCAAACGAUUACAUAACAAACUGCCAAUCGAUUAGAAAUGUCCAAUCAGAACUGAUGAAAGGGGCAGGUUAACUCUGCAUAGUACAAAUAACUUGUGAAGAGACACAGGAAAAGGCAUAGACUUUACACCUUCCAGAAGCUAUUUCAAAAAUGUUUCUUUUUACCAACACUUUCUAUAAUUUGAUUGGGACAUUGACAUGCCUCUACUUCAUGGUAAAGUUCAGUUGGAAGCUGCUGUUUGGCAUCAGGAUUUAUGUUCUGUCCAAAUUUUGGAGGAUAGACCUGAUGUCCUUUGGGGAAUGGGCAGUUGUAACAGGUGCAACCAAUGGGAUUGGAAAAGCCUAUGCUCAUGAGUUGGCAAGAAGAGGGCUCAAUAUUGUGCUAAUUAGCCGGUCAUUAGAGAGGCUGAAAGCCAUAGCGCAGGAGAUAGAACAGCAACACGGUAAGAAGACCAAGAUUAUUCAAGCCGAUUUCACUUCUGAAGCUGUCAUCUAUGGACCAAUUGAGGCAGCAUUGGAAGACCUGAACAUUGGAAUCCUUGUAAACAAUGUUGGGAGGACCUAUGCUGUGCUUCCAUGUUAUUUUCUGGAUAGACCAAAUGUCCAAAAGGCAGUUACUGAUAUCGUGAACUGCAACGCCCUUUCUGUGCCAAUGAUGACCAGCAUUGUCCUGCCACAAAUGGUUAAAAGGAAGAAAGGUGUCAUCAUCAACAUUUCUUCAGAAGCUGGAUCUCAUCCACAUCCACUGCGCAGCAUGUAUGCAGCGACUAAGGUCUUCAUUGACUUCUUUUCACGAGCACUGAAUGCAGAAUACAAGUCACAGGGAAUUAUCAUACAGUGUGUGAUGCCUCUUUUCGUCUCCACCAAUUUAACACAUGAUAUGAAAACAAGUUUUUUUGUGAAGCAAGCAGAUGACUAUGUCCGAGGAGCUCUGAACACUGUUGGAAUAACAGACCAGGCAAAGGGAUGCAUAGCCCAUGCACUUCAGCAUUUCAUUCUUGAAACUCUGUUUCCGGAAUGGCUCCGACUGUCCCAGACCAGCAUAAGAACUUUACUGAAAGCUAAUGAAAACCGAAAGCCACUCAUGGAGAAAUGGCUCAAGAAGUUCAAGACAAAUUAGUCGCAACGUGAUGCAAGAAGGUGGGGUGGUGGUAAGGGGAAGAAACCUUAAGUAUUUUUCUGAUGUUAUGUAAUUGGCUGUUUUUUUGCCAUCUGGUGUUAAUUCAAAAAGAUCUUUCAUGUUAUCCAUGUAGUUGAAUAAGUGAUAUUGAAAUAAAAAAUCAACCAUGAUCUUA